AUGUGGCGGUCAACUAUCAUCCUUUUGUUGACAGUAGGAACGGCUAUGUCCUACCCUGCCGAAGCAGCCGAAGUAGCUGGUGCUGGAAAUGCAGCUGGAGAAAGCGCAGCAUCCGGCAUGACUGACCUUGGAGAGAAGGGCAAGAGUUUCUUUGCCGACAUUGCCAAACAAUUGACCGGAUUGGAUUCAUUGAACCCUGCAGAUAUUGGUGUUCAGAAGUUCUUCCGAGCUUUCUUGGACAAGUUCACAAAUCUUGAUGAGAGCACAAAGAAGGAACUAGAGCAGUACAUUCCCUCCGCCACAAAAGUCUUCAACGAUGCACUGUCAAAACUCAACAUAGACCCCAUGCAGGCCUUCCAGACGUUGGCCAAGUAUUUCGAAGAAUUUAAGAAGGGCGCAUCCAGUGAGCUGAUUCAGCAAGGAGUUAACAUCGCUGCAAACGUGCUGUCCGGAAAAGCUGGAGCAAAGUAA